AUGACGAAAACAGUCUUGAUUAUCGGCGGAACAGGCGCCCAGGGCAUUCCUGUGGUCAAAGCCCUGGCCACUGGUUCUAAAUUUAAGAUCCGCGUUCUCACACGAAACGCUUCUUCUCAAGAGGCCAAGGAUCUAGCAAGUCUUCCCGGCGUAUCAAUCUUCGAAGGAAACACCUACGACGAAGCCAGUCUCCGCCAAGCCUUCGAAGAUGUCAGCCUCGUUUUCGCAAACACGAAUGGCUUCGCUAUUGGCGAAAAGUCAGAAAUCUACUGGGGAAUUAGAAUCUACGAGCUAGCCCGAGAAUACAAAGUCGAGCACUUCGUCUACGCAGGUUUGGAAUAUGCUUCCAAGCUUGGCGACUUUGAUUCAAAAUACCGAUGCGGCCACUUGGAUGGAAAAGGAAAAGUUGUCGAUUAUAUCUCCGCGCAGCCAACAUCGAAAAUGGCAUGGUCUGUAUUGACCUCUUGUUUGUAUCUGGACGGCCUGUCAGAGUUUCUGCGGCCCUUUCCCGACCCUGCCGAUCCGGACACGAUGAUUUUUGCCGCGCCCCUUGGAGAUGCGAAAUGCCCUCUCAUUUAUUUAGAGGACUAUGGGAGGUAUGUGAGAUGGAUGCUUGAUAAUCGUGCGGAGAGCAACGGGCUUGAGCUACAUGUGGCGACUGAGGACAUUAAGUGGAAAGAUCUCGCAGCUGUCUUCUCGGAAGUCACAGGCAAAAAGGCAGUGUAUAAGGACGUGACUUUGGAUGAGUAUUUCCAGCUUGGAAUCCUGGACCCCGAUGAGCUCGUGGGUCAUUCCAGUGAUCCCAAAGACUCGACUCUACAGACCUAUAGGGAGAACUUUUCGGGAUUCUGGAAUACAUGGAAGGACGACUUGACUAAGAGGGACUACGAGCUGCUGGAUAAGAUUUUGCCGACAAGAGUGAAAUCUGUGAAAGAGUGGAUGGUGAAGACUGGCUAUACUGGAAAGCCUACGUCGGUGUUGAAGGACUACCGCGACAAAGCUGGCAAAAAGUAG